AUGUCCGACGCCAUUUCCAAAGCACCUGAGACUUAUCCAUUCGAUAACACGGUCGGGGCGUACUACUUUGUUCAGGACGAUACAAAGAUCUUUUUCGGUAAAGAGCCUGGAAAUUACUUCCGACUUUAUAAUGGCAUUCGUGUUUAUACGGACCGCAACACCCACGAGACCUACACCGUCGCGGCAAAUGGCGCGCGUGUUCCUUUCAACACCACACCACGCACGGUAGCCCGCGACACAGCCCUAUACAAGUCACGUCAGGCACUAUCACGAACAACGAGCUCAUCUGCGCAGCAGUCCAGUCGCAGCCCUGGCGAGUCCACCGGUUCCCGCUCCCCAGAGGUCGUGGUGGGGUCUUUAGACAGUGGCUACGGCACUUCAUACUCAACCGCUUCCCUCACCAAUCCCGCCAAGCAGAGUCUCAGUACCAGAGACCGACAAAAUGCAUCCGAUGACAUGAACAACAUAAAGUCACAUCUCAAGGGCAUGAAAAUAUCAGGAAAUACACAGACCGCGGACAACAGCUUUACGCAAGAGGCCACAAACAUUCCUGGCGUUUACGAGAUUGUUAUCAAAGCUGCUGACAAUAAACCACACUCGACAUAUCGUGUGGGGGAUUUCAAAGGCACUACUAGCAAGGCUGCAAGAGAAAAGGGCAUACGAUCCACCAAGUUGAUUACAGGCACCGGGGGUCAGAAUGAAGACCGAAUCGACGCUCGCUACAAAACUCGCUCACGCAAGGGCCAUCGGUUCCGAAGCUAUGAGGUCAUCGAGACACUGGAAGCAGACCCGCCGCCUCCAUUACAGAGUCGUCUUACAACGGUUACGAAUGAUCCCGCUUAUGGACGACAUCGAGUGAGACCACGGAAAUGGAUCGUCAUAGAAGAUCAUGACACUUCAUGUUCAGUGGUCCCAAUACGCACGUACUUCGGCUAUGGUGUUUCGUAUCAGAAUGUGAGAAAGUCGGACCACAUGAUCGUGCACAGCAAUGACCCUGCGAACCCACCUCAACCCCUUGCUGCCGAAGAAGCAAGACGAGGCACGAACGGUGAACUCAGCGAAGACGGAAUGAAAGUUCCGCCAAUAGCUGUUUCUAUGUCUGAACCGGGCGCCAGACUUGACUCGAUGUCCCGAGUGGACCUCUCCAGAGUCUCCACGAUCAAGCACGACACUCCGGUUCGUGAGCUCGGUAGAAUAGAGAAUACGCCUCCAACAGAUCCGAGACGCGAGUUGUUGCUUCACCAAUACCGGAGCUUUCGACAGCGCACCCCCAGUAUCACGGGUGCUGCACCUGCGGAUAGUGCGACCACCUACCUCGGCAGAUCCGGAGCUCCAUCUCAGGCUGCCCGCAGAACGGGCAAUCCAGACGACGACAACGACCACGCUAGCAGCGACGAUGACGACGAUGGCAAGGAUGAAAAUCACAAUACCAGGGAUCAGGACGCUAUGAUGAGAGCAAGGAGAUUCAGGGAUGCAAUCCUUCAACUACGGCAGCAGAAUAGAACAUACGCAGCAGCACUCAUGAGCCACUUACGAGACAAUGGCUAUACGUAUGAAGCAGCAUAUCGACAUAUGCUGGCGAGCACUACACAAAACAACAGCCGCGCCGUGCCAAGCUCCACGCAGACCGCACAGCCUUCAAGGCGCCGGCAGAGGGUCGAUCAUGCAAGCUCAGAAGAGAGCUCAGAAGAGAGUUCAGAUAGCUCAGGAGACGAUACAGAACAUGGCUGA